AUGCAAGAUUUCACACCGCACCUGCUAGACAUCGCAAAUUCGUUUAGAGCGGGCGCAGAGAGAGCACGUGUUUUCGCUUCAAGAAAAACUUUUCGUAACUUUAUUAUGGCGUUGCGCUGCGUUCUUCUUGCGGUGUUGGCGAUAGCUAGCAUAACCUUAGCCGAUUCAGAUGUAACGAAACUGAAGAUAGAGAUAGUUAGUACUCCUGAGGGGUGCACUGAGAAAUCCAAAAAUGGAGACAUGCUGACGAUGCACUACACCGGUACUCUGGAUGACGGCCACAAGUUCGAUUCGAGUUGGGACCGUGAUCAACCUUUCACAUUCCAGCUUGGUGUAGGUCAAGUCAUCAAGGGUUGGGACGAGGGUCUGGUUGACAUGUGUGUCGGUGAAAAGCGUAAAUUGACGAUACCGUCUUCCCUUGGCUACGGAGAACGUGGGGCUGGUAACGUCAUCCCACCACACGCGACCCUUCACUUCGAAGUGGAACUCAUCAACAUUGGUGACUCCCCACCGACCACGAACGUUUUCAAGGAAAUUGACGCCGAUCAAGACAACAUGCUGUCAAGGGAAGAAGUCAGUGACUACCUCAAGAAGCAAAUGGUGCCCCCAGAUGGUGGUGAGAUGAGCGAGGACGUCAAACAAAUGCUAGAGAGUCACGACAAACUCGUCGAGGAGAUCUUCCAACACGAAGACAAGGAUAAGAACGGCUUCAUAAGCCACGAAGAAUUCUCAGGACCCAAGCACGACGAACUCUAA